CUGCUGAACUAGACCAUUAACUUUAAAUAUAUCAAAAGAAUGUGUGUGAAUGUGCAGCAUAAAGGACAGAAUUUGUUCUUUUUCUUGCUGGCUGUAGCUGUUGCUGAUUUACAGUGGCAGAGCCACCAGCUAGAGACUACUAGCUUUAAAAGGUUAAAGUUCUAAGGAACGCUGCUACUCGCUAUUCCUCUCAUUGCCACUGGCUCAUCCAAAGGCAAUCGUUACACAUUUCUUGACAUGUGAGUUGCAGGAUAAUUUUCCACUGUAGGUCAACUGAGGACAUAGGAAUGAGGUUGAAGAUACAUCAAAGAGAUUUGCAUCUUGCUGUUUUCAAUUAAACACUUCUUUUUUUUUUUUUAAUAGCUCCAAGAUGAGCAGAACUAGUUUGGCUUGCUCCAAAAACCUGCAGUUGAAAUGAAUGGGAGUGCAAGAGAGAGCAAGAGGUUUUGGUCCCUUUAGACAAUACCUGGUUAAUUCUAGCUGGGAAGCAGUGAAGGAGCUGUCCAAGAGAGGCCUUGGAAAAAACAUAGAUCUUCGUAUCAUGCAGCUACCAGUGGUUUACCAAAAAGCAAAGGAACAAAUCUUCAGGAUAUGGACAACUCUUCACCCAAUACUUACUGUUCACGUUGGGCUGGCUUCAUCUGCCAAAGCAAUCAUCAUCCUUGAGCAGUGUGGGAAGAACAAAGGCUAUGAAGAGAUGGAUGCUUGUGGUUUUCACCCAGAAGGUGGCUGUUGCAUGCUAGAUGGUCCGGAAAAGAUUGAAUCUACAAUUAACAUGAAGACUAUCUGGAAAAAUAUUUCAGUGGAAGGAAUUGAUAUGAUCUUUUCCAGAGAUGCGGGAAGGUACAUCUGUGAUUACACCUAUUACACUUCCCUGUAUUACGGCAGUGGAAGAGCAGCUUUCAUCCAUGUGCCUCCAUUAUCAAAGUCGGUAACAGCAGACCUUCUAGGAAAAGCAUUACAGACGAUUAUCUUAGAAAUGUUAAAACAGUGUGGGGAACAGGGAGAGUAAGAUGGAACGUAAGAAAAAAGGGAGGUUUCUUAAAAUGGAAUUUCUUAUCUCUUAGAAAUAGCAAAUCUAAUGAUUAUUUAAAGCCCUUAAAGAUUUUAUUCCAAGUUAUUUUCAGGGAAAUCUCCUUACAAAAACUAAACAACUGUUUCCAUCUCUGUUAUAAAAGUCAUAAGGUGAAAAAAAAACACCCACAAAAAAGUGACAGUCUGUAACACUAAGAUUGCUUCAGAUUUAAGAAAGUGCAAAAAAAACAGGACUUAAAAAUGGUUACAUAUUUCCUAAAAUCUUUUAGAAGCAGGUUUUUAAAAAAAUCUAAUUAAAACAAAACAAAACAAAGCAGAACGACUGUCAAAAGAUGUUACUACAGAUUUGUUGAAUCAAGAUCCAUUCUUACAUCCAUAAGGACAUUCAGCACUGAUACCACAAAGUUCCCCAAGUCCCUGUUCAAGUGCAGUGACACAGGUUCGUCUAACGCAAGGUGCCCAUAUAUAAACUUUAAAUAUGAGAGGAAAAUAAAACACAGGUAGAGAUCCUGUUAUUUGAAGAUUUUUUUCAGUUUCUGUAUCUCUUUGAGACCUGCUGUACGUGCUGGCUUUCACAUACAAAAUAGACUACGGAUCUUGGGUGAUUAAUACAAAAAAAGCUGGAACCUGGCAGACACUGUAAUGCUGUUUGAGUUUCAACUGCCUGAAAACACCAUUUCCCCAAAUUCUCAGCACGUGUCUCAGAGGAAAAUACUGCUGUCCUUCCACAAAGCACAGCACAAAGACAACAGUCUUUCAGUACAACGGGUCAUGCUAUUCAGGGAUUUAUACAUCUGAAUCAACAAGCUAACUUGUCCCAAGAAAGGCGAUCAGUGAAGCACUGUGCAGUGGAAUGUCAUGGCACAUUAUCUUUCUUACAAAACAGGAACCAAAUGAGAUCCCAAGUUAUAAAGCUUGGGAUCAGACAGUGACAGAUCACUUCUGAGCUUCUCCCCUGCCAAGCCAGGCUCCUCGAUGUCUCAGACUUGGCUAUAUACAGAAGCACUGCUCUAUUACAGCUGGGCAAGACAGAGGUUUACAGUGUGUCCUCUUUAGUACAGAGGGAAUGUCAAUGCACACAGUUUUGCUUGUACCAUGACAGACAAUUAUGACAUAAAACCAGCAAAUAUUUUUCAAAAACAAUCACCAGAACAGCAGCAUCUUCAUGUGGACACCCGGGAUUUUUCUAAGGGAAAAGAAAGCACUGCUGACUAGUGUUGUGUCAGUAAAAAGGACAAGAGACAAGGAUAACCUAAUGGCACAGACACCUGAACAAGCUCUGGGCCACCACUGUGCCUUAGUCAAGACUUUUAUGACAAGACUCAGAGAAAUUGUAAAUGCCAAGAUAAUGCUAGUUUUCUUGUCGCUAUUUUUCUAACAACAUUUGCAGAAAACUGAUAACUUUGUGUUGGAUGGCUGAAUGCCUCAUGUAUGCACUGCUGUAACAGCAAAUGAAAGGAUUUCCUUCAAAUAAAUAAAUAAAGAUGCUUUCCUUAUUCAAAUGAAUCAAGUCCCGUUGAAAAAUGGUCCAAAGGUUAGUGUCAUUGGAUUACAAUACUUCUGAUUUCAACACAGCAUAAUGGCAGUACUGACCUCUAUGAAGAUCGUUUUCAGAGUUGCUCAACUAAAUGCAGCCAAAAGUGCAGAAGUCUUGAGUCUUCUAAGCUGCACUUGCUUUGCAAUGAAGAACAACAAAAUCAAAAGCAGACAAAUGCAUACAGAAUUCUUUUAUUUAACUUAAAUCAGGUAGUACUGAAACUACUAGAAAAAAGCAGAGUAAGAGAAACUAAUGGAGCCUUAGCUUCAGCCAUUCAAAAUAGACAAAGUUUCUUCUUUUCAUAAUGUAAAGAAUCCCGAGUAUAUCGCAAUAACAGGAAUAAAUUCUUACAACAGAAUAUACAAAAACAUUUUGAAUUUUUUUUUUAUCUACUGAUUCAUUUUAAUAUAAACACAGGAAUUUCUUUAGGAAUAAUUUAUACACAGCAAGUCUUUUUUAUGUAAUAAAUUGGCCAUGUUAUUGUUGAAUUUUCUCUUAAAAAAAUCUAAACAAGAAAACUCGGAAAAUGUCGUAUUUGCAACUGCAUCCAUUCCUUAGCACUUUCUAGUUUUGUUUUUGUCCCAGAGGUAGACAAACUCUGGCCAAUCCUUUCAUCUCAAACCUCACUGGUUUAGAAAACAGAAGAGCUGAUCUUUAAAUAGCAUCUAAAUCAUCGUAACACUUCAGAAAUGCAGUUAGUCAAACUUCAGGGGGAAACAGGGAUCUUCAGUAUUCUUAAAUAAAAAUAAAUAGGGACCCUGCUUUGCUUAUUUAAACAAAGCUUCAAAUGGUACUCAGCAUCUUCAGAGGCUGCAUACAAACUUUUAAAGUGAUAAGAAAUAUGCAAAUAGUUCUUCAAUUGUAAUUACAAAAACUGCCUUCCCGCUUUCUCUUAUGCAGUCAUUUCCUUCAAACCACCUGGCACCCAUAAAACAGGUACUGAACAGCACAAGUGAGACUGUGUAGCAGCAAAACCCAUUCUGUUUUCCCAACCAGUGAGGUUCCUGUAAUCCAUUAAGUUAACUCACUAGACAGUAAAGUGAAAUGACCAGUUAAGAUGAUCCCACCCCAACCAGAGGGCUCUGGAAGACCAGGAUACUGAAGAUACAGAACAUUCCCCCAACUUCUUUAUUCUUUAUUCGCUCGCUAUAUACUGGGACACAAAGCUUGGGCAGGUAGUGGGAGAGGGAUGAGCCUUGAAUUGGACAAGUUAGCGAUCCUUUUUGGCAUAUCGUAAAGCUAGCUAGUAAACUGGUACCAUCAAAGAAAACUGAUCUCAUACAGACACACGCACACACAGACAGAAAAAGUGCCCUUAAAUUAUAUUUUAGGCAUUAAUAAACUACAAACAUUUUAUAAAAUUAUUCUAUGUACUUACAAAAUGCAAUGAAACAUUUAAUUAGUUCUUGUAAACCAGAUCUUCGUCAACUGACUACCCGUAAUCUACUGGACUUAAAGCCCUAUUGAAAAUGCUAAUGGAUUACUAAUCAACAUAACACGUACAAAAAAAGGUGGACAUGCACACAUACGCACGCACACAUCCUAGUGAUAAUCUAGUACUUGCAAAACAGACCAACAGUAGGUUGAGACUGACUCAUACAGACCGAUGCAACAACCAUUAAACUCCUGUUAUGAAUUUACCACUUCAGCUGGAAAGUCAGGUUUAUUUACAAGUACCAAUGAUCAGAAUGGUGAUACCUGAGCUCUGCUGCUGUCCCACACACACCAAGCUCAGGAAACAACUUCAAACUUCUGCCAAGCCCUGUGUCUUCGUAAAUAUCCAUUUCCAUAUCUUUUGUUUUCAGAUGUCUCCAUAUAAACACUUCUCAGUUCUGAUUUACCUGGCUGCACUCCGUAACAGAGACUGCUUAUUGCCUCUGAGCAACCAGUUUUCUGAACUGAGGCAACCUUUGAUGCCCUCCUGCCUAUUUACAGUUCUGUAUCUUCAGCACCUUUGGCCACUACUGUUUUUUUCUACACACCAUUCUUAAAUUCUUGUCUGCACAACUACUCAUGGGUUAAGUUGCAAUAUCUGGCUUUUAUCACUGGUUAGUAAGGAGUGGACCCCUUGCACCUUCCCCCGCUGUUGUUUAGCCCAGUGAUUAAAUACACUGUUGACAAACAAAAUAAGAACAACAGGAAACAAGUGUUACUUGUACUAGUGGAAUGAAUAGGGUUUAAAUAUAUAUAUAUCUAUAUUAUAGAUAUACAUAUGCGGAUAUCUAUGUCCAUAUAGAUAUAUAUUUAUGGAGUUACACCAACAACAGGAGCGUUGUUCGCUUAGACUCAGAUUGUAUGGAACAAUCCUCGGCAGUUCCCAGAGGACCCGACAGCGGUUCCGUCUCAUGACCAGUCGGUCCUGGGCAAACUGGGCUUCACUUGUUUUUAAAGACCAACAGGAGCAUCAGUGCGAACAUCUCUAGAAUCAUACAUCACUUAGAACCAGCUUUAAAGAACAGAGGCAUCGCGCUGAGAAAGACCUGGUGAACACAGGCUGGCCUCGAACUUCUGAUCACGCCUGGCUUCUGUGUCCAACUCAUCUCUCGCUCAAAAGCGCUUCUUAGUACCAAGCAGCUGACACUUCUGUGUUUACACAGGAGCCACCUUCCUUUGCAACCAAACCACCUUCUGUGCCACUGAGAAGCUUUUAAAUGUGAGUCAGGUGAGAACAAUGGCCCGAGUGCUGAAAUCAAAGCCUGCCCCGAUGCUGAUGCCAGUUUGUUAUUCUACUGCAUCAAAACAGCUUGGUAAUGCUUGCAAAACGCUGGGUUUUGGGGCUGGGUGGGCUUUUGUUUUUAAUUCAUAAGGAAAUUGGAUUACUUGAACCUUAUUCAAACAUAGCCGAAGUUCUGAAUAAAUCUACCAUACCAGACAAGCCAGUGGUCUCAGGAAAGAACAACAUUACAAACCAUAUUAUGACUCUAUCAAGCCAACAUUAAUUCUCAGUUGUUCACAUGCACAAACAACUUGAUUUACUGUCCAAGGGAAGUCUGCAUGAAAAGCCCAUGUGAAUAAAGCUAUUCAAAAUGCACAAAACACAACAAAAAAACGCUAUGGAAACAAACAGAACAAAAAAGUAAUUAAGCCUGAAUUGCAAACACAGAACACAAUGGUAUCAUGAAGGUGGUUUGGUCCAGGAGAGCUGACUGUCAUCACACACGCGUACUUUUAGUCCCGUGACUGUUUUCUACUGAAGUGCUUUUUGAAAUGUCUAUCACAAUGGGUGCUACGUCAUUAGUGUUUCUUCCUAACACAUUUUUAAACCACCUACAUCAAAUUAUAAAAACCAAUAACUUGGACAGUUUUAACAAAACCCUCCUAGCCAGCUGAAAGAUCUGAGGAUCUCCAGUUGUGGUAAUCAAUAUGUGCAAGUGAGGGGAACAGUCACUACACCAAAAGGUCACUGGAAGCUUCAAAGAAAUUGAAAGACAAAAAGGACACAGUAACAACUUUAAAUUUGCUGCUUUUUCAGAGUCUGAGAGAAAUGAUCCCUCCAAAGACAAGCCCUGUAGCACUUAAUCACACUGUAUAUUCAAGAGGCCGCAUGCAAUUCGAAGUAGCCAAGCAUCGCAUUAUUCAGAUACCACAACCAACACCUGCACGAACAGCUGCCUGAGCUGGAAAAAGAGAAACAUUAUACAUCAUGUUGAUGGCAAGCCUGUGUUAGUCCUGUGUGCUUGUAAACCAGUUACACGCUGUCAGAGGGCAGUUAAAAUUUGAUGGCUGGUCCAUCAGAAUCCACAGUUAUGAAGCAUAUAAACGGGGGAUGAAAAGGGAAACUGACUUUACUGGCACAUCAAAAAAUUCAAUUCUAUGUUAGUUUUGAGAACAAAAACAAAACAAGAAAAUAAAAUUAAAUUAAAUUAAAAAAUCAGUGCUCUCAUUAAACAGAAGCAGCAAAGAUCCAAAGCUGUAAACUCGACGUGGUAUUAUCAUCAGGCAGCCCGCAACAGGUUUGUCAUUGUGUUGGUCAAAAGAAAAAAAAAAAAGCAACACUAUGCUACGUGAGCCAAAUGGGUGCUGAUUCAGCCAAAUGUCUUUUUGGUGCUUGCGGCAUCUGAGGAAAAUUUGCCAGGAAUGACUUGGGCCAAACAGACCACUCUUUUUAUUCUAGUAAUUCUUCUGGACCUUCAAACACUGUAAACAUUUCUGUAGCAAAUUUGAUCGAAACUCAUGACUGAAAGUUCUUGUAUCAGGUCAGAUCUCCACCCAUCUAAACAUGCAGCAGCACUGCUGCUGACCUGAGCGCUGCCACGACGGCCCAUUAAAAAGCCCUCGUGUUUCCUUAAUGAACAAUCACCUUAAGUCAGGCAACUCUCGGAUUUUCCUCACAGUAUCAGAUUGGAACUAAAAAGGCAAAACUCCUUGGAAUUGAGGCAAAUAUUCUGAAGUGACCCUUUGUGAUGAGCGGUGACUGUUCCCCUCCAGAACCUAGAGCAUGUGGUUUAUGGAGUGAGAGGUUACCAGUAUCGACGGCAUUUAUUGGCUGCUGAGAAAUGUGAGAUGUAUUUUUUUUAUAUACACACAUAUAAAAAAAUAAGAGUGAGGUAGAUAAAUGUUUGAAAAAAAUCAAAAACUGUCCCCCUGUCAUACUCAAAAACCCUUAUCUCAGUAUUUAAAUUUAUUAUGGGGCAUCUCUACAGUGAUUUAAACUGAUAUCACAAAAAUAAAUAAAAAAUCCUACAUAGAAUACCUUCUUAAUUAACUUUUUUGUCUUUUUCAUUUUUAAAAGGGAAAAAUAACUAUGGGACAGAGGCAAGAGAAGAUAAUGGGACCUAAACUACACAAGCAAAAAGCACUACAAACUUUUAAAAAUCUCCAGUCAAAACUAGCAAUCAGUAUAUUUUAAUUCUUUGUUCUUACUCAAAGGUUUUAGACAUUUCCAUCCCAGAACCACCUCUUCACUGCCAUCAGUUGGUUGGAUCAGUGCUAAACAAAGGCUUAGAUGCUGUAACUAAGAUGAGCAACUGCUAUGACUCCUUGGUUGUAGGCUUUAUGAUGGCCCCCUCCUUCCCUUUUCACCAAGGCUUCUGCAACUGAACAAACAAGCUCACUCAUUUUCUUUUGUUCUGAGGUUUGGUCUAUGACUUAAGCAACAGGCUUGGACUUGUACAGGUUUCCAUAGCUGCCAAUACUUAACUGUUUGCUAGCCGAGCCGCUGGCCCCAGCUACAUGCUUUCCACCCUACCCCAUGGAAAUGGCAUGCUGUCGAUUCGUGUUUUUAGUUCUAUUUACCUUGGGGUGCAAAAUGCAGCCCACCGCGUCCUCCAGGAGGACUUCCUCACUGGGAAGGCAUAGAGCUGGGGCUGGAGCCAGGUGUUCAACGGCCACCCAAAAAGUGCCUGGCACCACCAGCCACACAGCUCUUCUUCAAGAGGUGGAAGAGUUCAAAUUGUCAUUUUCAAAAUCAGUGACCCAAAAGCCUGGUGUCUGCUGUUGUACCCAACAAACAAAAAGAGAGUGCGUGUGUACGUGUGUGUCCGUGUGGGAGUGUGUGUGGGGAUGGGUGGGUGGGUGUGUGCCACAAUCUAAACAAGCAGGGAGGGAAGGAGGAGCAGGACCUUGUACAACAAUGAAUAUAAACACUGAACAAGAAUGUACUAAAUAUUUAACCUUUUUUUCUGACCUGAGUUUGUAUCAUGCCUUGCACUGUAACAGACUCGCAUGCUGUCUGGGCAGAGGUUCGUGGGAAGGAAGGAAAACUGGGUCUGAAAAACACCACACCGCUGCUGGAGCUUUCGGUGUGGGGCGUCCCUUCUUUCUCCAUGUCCUCCUCAAAAGCCCUGUGACCCACACAGCCAAGAUGUUGUAAAACAACUAAUGGAAGGAAAAAAAAAAAAAAAAAAAAGAGGAGGAAAUGCUUUUAUAAAAAGGCAUUAAACAGUUCAUGGCAAAUCAUAUGAAAGGUAUCAGUUACUGGGAAGGAAGAAGUAAGAGUUACACACUAUAGUACAAAGCAUAAGAAAAUUUGUUGAAGUGGGAGGGAAGGGAAGGAGGGCAGACCUGAAGGUUUUCAUAGAUUAAAUCCACAAAGAUAAAGAACAAAAAAAAUAGCAGCUUUUUUCUGUACAGACAUAUAGAUGAGUAUCUGAACCGUAAAAAAGUUAUAAAAGUGACACAAAAGACAAUGUGUAUGCAAAUGAUCCAUGGUCUAACAUAGAACUGCAAGACCCUUCGAGAAGUCUUAAUAAUAAAGAGAAAAGGUCAACAAAGCAUUAUAUACUUGAAUCCGGUUACUGCUUUUUUUUGUCUUCUCCAAUUUUUGUUUUAUUGGUGCUUUUUCCCUGCAAGCCUGCAGAGGAAGGCAGGCUGCAACGAUGGAGAUCUCUGCCGCUUUUGUCAUGGUUCUCACAUCUCAUUUUUGGCGUGCGGUUGACUUUUUUGUACCAAAUGCGUGUGUUGGUUUAGCUCACCACUGCCAGUUUUGUCCAGAAUUCAUCGGGAUGGGCACGGGGUGGAGGGAGGGCUGUCUCUUUACUCCAUCCCUUUUAUCUUCUCCAUCACAAGAAAAAAAAAAUUAUCACAUUUUAUCCAGUUUUGAAAAAAAGAACCUAAACAAUUUAUUUUUUUUUCUUUUAAUACCAGUGUAUGAUUGAAUAGAAUGUAUUGGUCAGGAUCUCUCUUAAACAGAGCAGUUGAUUACUGUGCUCCUUCCAUGCCUACAAACAAAAAACAAAAAAAAAAAA